AAUACUACUCCUAUACUUUGGUUCUCGCCCUAACCUCCUUAUAUCUUCUCCUUCUUUAGUAGAGGAAUGCUUCACUAAGAACGACAUCAUUUUUGCGGACCGGCCUAGAAUCCUAUUUGGAAAACACUUCGCGUUCGACUACAAUACUGUCUUUUGGGCAUCCUACGGCGAAUAUUGGCGCGAGCUAAGAAAGGUUGCUACGGUUGAGAUAUUUUCUCGCCGGAGAACCCAAAUGUACGCCCGCAUGCGCCAGGAAGAAGUUCACCGGAUGAUGCAACGCCUCGCGAGGGCCACAAAGGAUUCCGGUAUGGUGGAUCUAAGUUCCGCUUUCUUCGAGUUGACGUUGAGUAUCACGAUGAGGAUGGUAGCCGGAAAGCGGGAACAUCUUAGCGAGGAUGAGAAGUUGGAGGAAGCUAAGAAGUUGAGGGAGAUUAUUAAAGCCUCUAAUUUGUUGAAUACGAAUAUACCGGAUUAUGUUCCGUUGUUGAGAUGGACCGGUAGGAGGGGUAAGUUGCUGAAGGUGCUGGAAGAUUUACAGUCACAAAGGGAAGGAUUCAUGCAAAGCCUGCUUGAAGAGAGAAGAAAGAUUCUGAGUGAAGUCGGUGACCUUAAUCAGGAAGAAACUAAUAUUAAGUGCAUAAUUGAUGUCUUUUUGUCUCUUCAACAGAAUGAACCUGAGUUCUAUACAGAUGAUAUGAUCAACGGAAUGGUUCAGAUGAUGAUAGUUGGCGGAUCCGAGACAACAGCUAUUCUAAUGGAAUGGGUUCUUUCACUUUUACUUAACCAUCCAAAUGUUGUGAAGAAAGCCUACCAAGAGAUCCAGAAUCACAUCGGCGGAUCAAACAGGCUAAUUGAUGAGUUCGACCUGAACCAUCUCCCUUACCUUCAAGCAAUCAUCGAUGAAACCCUUCGCUUGUACCCGUCACCUGCAAUCCUCAGUCACCACGUGGCAUCUAAGGAUUGCACGGUUGGAGGCUACAACAUCCCACGUGGCACGUUCCUAAUCGUGAACCUCGAGGCGAUUCAAACGGACCCUAAGCUUUGGGACGAACCCACAACAUUUAAACCCGAAAGGUUUUUGAAUGUGGAGAAAAAAGACUUUGGAUUUAGUUAUUUGCCAUUUGGGUAUGGUAGAAGAGCAUGUCCUGCUGAGGUACUUGGUAUGAAGGUUAUGGGCUUGGCAUUUGGGUCUCUCAUUCAAUGCUUUGACUGGGAUCGAGUUAGUGAGAAGUUGCUAGAUAUGAAAUUGAGCGAAGGUGGAGAAUUCAAUAUGCCUAGAGUAACACCACUUUUGGCAAAGUGUAAGAUUCGCCCUGAAAUGGCUAAUCAUCUAUUUUAGCAUAUGCUGGUAAGAAUAUACUCUUUUUGUUCCGAAAGGAUCAUCUAAUUUGAAAAUUUAGUUUUAGUAUAAAUUGUACAAAAUUAAAAUAAUAAAUGGACAAUCAGUUCGAACAGAGAGAGAGAGUAUGUAUGGUUAGUUUUAUUCUUUGAAAUUGUGCCGUAGGCAUGUGUAAUGUACAAUAAAG